AUGACCAGCGUCAGCGCUGGCGAGUCGAUCCUGGCGCUGUACGCCGCACAGUUCCUCAAGGCGCCACCGCCAACGACGACCGUGCCCUAUGCAUAUGAUGCGAGUGGUGAAGACGACAACCAAGCCCAAGCGGCGGCCGGCCACGACUCGGCGCGCAAGAAUGACCUUCGACUGCCGGGAGGAGUCACGAUCGAGGACGAGUUGUCCGAGCCCGACGACGAGCGGCCGGCCGCGCCUGUGCCAAUCUACAUGGCACCUCAAAACUACAGCAUGGGCGAGGUGCCAGUAUUGCCUUCGUCGACGAACCGCGUCGAGGCGCAGGCGAUUCCGCCGCUGUUGCAGUCGUUGCUGCGCUCGUUCGCGGACCAAAAAGCACAGAUUGCAACUCUACUUCGGUUCACAGGCUCGUUGAGCUGCGCACCCGCGUCGAUGGACGGACCGCUGACACCCGAGACCAUUCGCGAUGCAGCCGAGCACGUCGUUGGCAUCCAGUCCGGACACGACCGCCUGUCGCUCGCGCGUACAGCUGUGCUGCUCGCCAACCUCUCGUUGCAGGCCGAAGUGGCCGUCAUGCAUCUGGUCUCUACCAUUGGCGGGCACACCCCCAUGAAGCAAACCCACAGCAAGAAAGUACCGUCUGUGGCAACGCCACCGGCUCGGAGCCCCGUGCACCGGGUCACGCUCCAGCCGUCGCUCUCGGCGACGCUCGAGCAAAUCGGCGGCUCGUUUCGGGAUUUUUUGUACGCGCCACAAGUCGAAGAGAGCUUGUGCUCGCCACGGCCACUGCUGCCACCAGCCGACGUUCUGCCCAAAACCACCAAACCGUCCACCGUCGCCUCCAAGCGCUGCAAGCCAUUGCCUCGACGGCUCCUUGGCCGCUCUGUCAUCCUCUUCAACGGCAUGGCAGGCAUCGUCCGCUUUGCGGGCUCGACCGAGUUUGCGAAUGGCAUCAUGUAUGGGAUCGAACUGCACGAGCCCCAUGGAAAGCACAGCGGCACCGUCCACGGUACGACGUACUUUACAUGCGCCAAGAACGUCCACGCGGCCCACGCCCUGCCGUACGGCGUCUUUGUGCGUGAAACGCAAAUCAAAACGUGGUUGUGA